AUGACUGUGUACGCUUUCUACAUUUUUGACCGCCAUGCGGAAUGCAUCUACAAACGCCGCUGGCAAGGUCGACCGACGUCCAUCAGCACCAAAUCAUCCCUUCCCACUUCGCAAUUACAUCAGGGGAACAAUGGAACAUCUCGAAGUGCCGACGACGACGCCAAGCUGAUUUUCGGAACGGUCUUUUCACUGCGGAAUAUGGCACGCAAGUUAGGUGGAGAUGAUGACAGUUUUAUUUCCUACCGCACCUCGCAAUAUCAGUUACACUUUUAUGAAACGCCUACCAAUAUCAAGUUUGUCAUGCUCACCGAUUUGAAGUCGCCGAGUAUGCGCAUUGCGUUGCAACAGAUAUAUGUCAAUCUUUAUGUGGAAUAUGUGGUCAAAAAUCCUCUCUCCCCUGUCGAACAUCCCGGUGGAGUCGGAGUAAACAAUGAGCUUUUUGAAGAGUCGCUCGAACAGUUUGUUGUGAGUACUGCCAUCGCUAUUGUUCUAUCUAUCUUGCUGAUUUGA